AUGGGAGUUCAACAUCAAGCUGUCAAGCGGGCGCAUAAUUUGUUGCUCUUCAAGAAUUUGCUUGAGUCGAAAGACAAUGCAAGCCCGCUCACACUUGUUCUUGACUCAUUGGAGCAAAGCGCUCAACCACUCACUCAUGAGUUCAUGAGGCUUGCCAAAACAUUAAAACGGGCAAAAGUCAUAUUCGUCUCCUUUUCAACAGUCAAGAAGCCCGCCCUUGCCGAUGUCUUCGUCAGAGCGUGGAGCAAGACACUGCAGACCAUUGCAACAGAGAUCACUACUGCCAUUACGAACAAACAAGAGAGCAAGUCUCCCUACACCAAAACUCACUUUUUUUUAUCUUUGCUAACAUCGCUCUCGAUAACAGAACACCUAAUCGUCAUCGACUCGCUCAACACCCCCGCUUCGCUAACCCCGCACCUCUUCCCAACCUUCUUCUCCUCCGUCAUUACCUCACCUUGCACGACCCUUGUUGCUGUCUAUCACACCGACAUCCCCGUACUUCCUCCCUCUCGCUCUGCCCUCGACGCAGGGUACAAUCCCGAUUACUCCCCAGACCCUGAGACCUUGCUCUGCCAUCUGGCUACUGCCGUGUUGCGAGUCUCAUGCCUGCACCAUGAGAUUGCGGCACAUCGGGCUCGCGAGAGGAGUUUGAUUGAACCAAAGUGGGGGUUGAAAGAGGGGCGAGAGGGUGUGCUGAUCGGGUUGCGUAAGGGGAACGGUAAGGGUGAUGACAGUGGCGGGGCGGUUGGGUUGGUAGUUGAGAUGGAGGUGCGAAGGCGUAGCGGAAGAGCUAUCUCAGGGGAGUUUGUGCUUGUGCCAGCUGGGCAGGAUUACAAAGAGACUGGGCUUAGGGUCAUGCUGAAGGGCGAGUAUCCAGCGUUUAAGAAGGAGGUUGUGGAGGAAGAGGAGGAGAAGCCUGAGGCUACGUUUGAUUUAGGGUUAACAGAGAAGCAAAGGAGGGAUCGGGAGGGCGUGGUACUGCCGUACUUUGACGCGCAGGUGGAGGUGGGAGGGGGUGAAGGAGGAAGGAUUUUGUAUGAGAUGGGGAGGGAGGAUGAUUUUGAUGAAGAAGAGGAUGAGAUAUAG